UUUGUUGUAACGCAAGAUUUUCGCAGUUCCAUCCAUUUUCUUUCCUUUCUUUCCCUUUCUUUCUCUUCUCCAUAUUUUUUCCCUAAUAACGAAAUCGCCACCGAAUUUCUAGGCUGAUUUUGUAAUCAUCAUCAUCUUCUUCUUCUUUCUUGAUUCAUUUUUGAUCGGAGUUUUUUUUCUUCAUGUUGUUGAAUUUUGCAUUGAAUUUCUUGUUAAUGAUAAUGUUACAUUGAAUUCAUCGAUGUCGAUCGUGAGAUCUAAUUCUUUGAACCGUGGUGGUGUUCGUGAUUCGUUUUCUCUUUCUGCUACUUCUUCUUCUACAACUUCUUCAAAUCUUAAUCUCAACAACAACCAUACAAACAAUAAUGGAUUUCGGAUCAAUAGCAAUAACAAUAGAGGAGUUAAUAACAGCAAUACAAACAACAGCAAUUACAUAAUAAACAACGGUAUCAGCAGCGGCAAUAGUAGUAGUAUGAAUAGUUGUGAUCCGAGGCAAAGAAUGGAUUCAUCAUCAAGACAGAAUUCUAUAAGUGAAGUACCACCGCAAUUGUUAUUGGUGGAUCAUAGAGAUUUGAAAAUAAAUGAUAUAGUUGGGAAUGGAAUCAGUGGUAUAUUGUAUAAAUGGGUCAAUUAUGGUAAAGGUUGGAGACCAAGAUGGUUUGUGUUACAAGAUGGUGUUCUUUCUUAUUACAAGAUUCAUGGACCUGAUAGGAUUGAAUUAAAUCAAGAAACGGAGAAAGGAUCCAGAGUUAUUGGUGAAGAAUCUAUUCGUAGAAUCUCUCGUCAUGGUAGGCAUCAUCAUCAUCAUCAUGCUAAUGGUCAACAUCGUCGUAAAGCUUUCGGUGAAGUUCAUCUCAAGGUUUCUUCAAUUCGAGAGAGUAAGUCGGAUGACAAGAGAUUCUCCAUUUUUACGGGAACGAAAAGGUUACAUUUGAGGGCAGAUUCUAGGGAAGAUCGAGCAGCAUGGAUGGAAGCAUUGCAGGCUGUGAAAGAUAUGUUUCCUAGGAUGUCAAACAGCGAAUUAAUGGCUCCUAUUGAUAAUGUUGUCGUCUCUACUGAAAAGUUGAGGCAACGAUUGUUGGAGGAGGGAGUUAGUGAAGCUGCUAUUCAGGACAGUGAACAGAUUAUGAGGACCGAAUUUUCAGCUUUGCAGAACCAACUCGUUCUUCUCAAGCAGAAACAGUCUCUCCUCAUCGAUACACUUCGCCAGCUAGAGACAGAAAAGGUUGACUUGGAGAAUACGCUUGUUGAUGAGAGCCAAAGACAAUCGAAAGAACAAGGUGAUUCCUCAAGAUCAAGGCAAGACAAAUCUAGUGAAGGAUCUGCAAGUGAAUCUGAUGAUGAUAAUGAAAGACAUGAUGCUGCGGAUGAAGAAACUGACGAAGAUGACAAUGCUUUCUUUGAUACACGGGAUUUCUUGUCAACAAGUUCAUUUAGGAGCAGUGGUUCUGAGUUUCAUAGAUCAUCCUUUGACUCGGAUGAUGAAGAGCUUUAUGCUGUUGAUUCCGAAGAUGGCACAGAUGCUUCCAUUAUAUCUGUUGGGAUUAACUACCCUUAUGUUAGGCGGCGUAAGAAAUUGCCUGACCCGGUGGAAAAAGAGAAAGGAAUCAGCCUCUGGUCGAUGAUUAAAGAUAACAUUGGCAAAGACCUUACAAAAGUGUGUCUUCCUGUCUACUUCAAUGAGCCCUUGUCGUCUUUACAAAAAUGUUAUGAAGAUUUGGAGUACUCUUUCCUUCUUGACCGAGCUUAUGAAUAUGGUAAAAGGGGUAAUAGCCUUAUGAGGGUUCUCAAUGUAGCAGCAUUUGCUGUAUCUGGAUAUGCUUCCACGGAGGGAAGAAAUUGCAAGCCAUUUAAUCCACUUUUGGGUGAGACAUAUGAAGCUGACUAUCCAGACAAAGGUGUCCGUUUUUUCUCAGAAAAGGUUAGCCAUCAUCCCAUGGUUGUUGCAUGCCAUUGCGAGGGUAAUGGGUGGAAAUUUUGGGGAGAUAGUAACUUAAAAAGCAAAUUUUGGGGACGUUCAAUUCAACUCGAUCCUGUCGGUGUUCUUACUCUUGAGUUUGAUGAUGGAGAAGUUUUUCAAUGGAAUAAGGUUACGACAUCCAUUUACAACCUUAUACUGGGGAAGCUCUACUGUGACCACUAUGGUACAAUGCGUAUACAAGGAAAUCGUGAAUAUUCAUGCAAGCUGAAAUUCAAAGAGCAAUCCAUCAUAGACCGAAAUCCUCAUCAGGUACAAGGUGCAGUCCAAGAUAGGAAUGGUAAAACAGUAGCAACAGUUUUUGGUAAAUGGGAUAGCAGCAUGCAUUAUGUACCUGGAGACUGUUCAGGGAAGGGAAAAGGUUCAGAAUCAUUUCCUGAUUCACGGAUUCUUUGGAAGCGGAGCAAGCCACCAAAAUUCCUAACGCGAUAUAACUUGACCCGCUUUGCUAUUACACUCAAUGAACUCGUUCCUGGAUUGAAGGAGAAGUUGCCACCUACGGACUCAAGGCUCAGACCUGACCAGAGGUGCCUAGAGAAUGGGGAAUAUGAAAUGGCAAAUUCAGAGAAACUGCGGCUUGAGCAGAGGCAGCGCCAGUCUCGGAAGAUGCAAGAAAGGGGAUGGAAGCCACAGUGGUUUGAGAAGGAUAAAGGAAGCGAUACAUACCGAUAUGCUGGUGGUUAUUGGGAAGCAAGGGAAAAGGGGAACUGGGAAUCUUGUCCUGAUAUCUUUGGCCAAGUUUCUAGUGAUCCACAAAUGUUGGAUUGAGUUUGAGUCUAUAUACUUCUGGCGAUCGAUGGGACUCUCUUUUGCCCACUUAUCUGUAAAUUUGAUCUUCGGCCGGAUAUGAUUGGCUACUAUUGUUGUUCUGGCCAUUUUUCGAGCAGUCAAAAAGAUAUCAGGUGCAGCAGGUACAUAUGAAGAGUUAAAGAUAUCAGGUGCGGCAGGUACAUAUGAAGACGACAAAGUUUGGUUGUCACCCUUGUAAUAACAAAUUGAAAAAAUAUAGAAUCUCUUUUUUCGCCACCCAUUUUUAUCUCUAUUACAAUUGUUCAGGAUUCAUCUGUCUCUCUCAUUCUCUUCUGUAAAGAGCAUUUCUUUUUUGUAGGAGUUGCAUUGGAUACUGAUUACUGAUACCGAUACUAGUAUCGGUAGUCUUCUUAAAUUACAUUAAGAAAUACAAUGAUCUGUUCUGCCCGAA